UCAUCUUAUAUUUCAUUCUAAUUAUCAUUAGGAUCUUGUGAAUUUCUCAUCAUUUCAAGACUUCUAAUCUUAAUUGCGAUCUUUUAAUUAUCUUUAAGUAAAAGAGUUAAGUAUCUCUUUUGACGAGGGUGGAUUUGUUUCUGGUAACUGAUCAUUUAUGUUUUUCUUGUUAUCCAAUUAACAUCAUAAGUUAUUUACUUUCUUGUGCUUACAGUAAAAAUCUUCUAAAGUUGUUCCAAGAUGAGUGAGUCCGGUGAAAGUUGUGAAUCAGAACUUUCAGCUGAAGCUGUUACUUUAGUUCAAAAUAGAAAAAGUCAAUUUGUGAAGCUGAAUGUUGGUGGGUUUUUAUUUCAAACAACAAUCGCUACUCUUACGAAAGUCGAUUGUAUGUUCAGAGGGAUGUUUUCAGGAGGAUUCGAAGUCCAAAAGGAUCCAGAAGGCUGGAUACUUAUUGAUAGAAAUGGAAAACAUUUUCAAAAAAUAUUGGACUUUCUUGAGAAACCUCCGAAAACAUUAUCACUUAAUGAUAAGGAAAUCGAAGAGUUGAUGACUGAAUCUAUUUACUAUUCAAUGGAAAAGCUAACUGUUCAAUGUGAAUCAGAGUUGAAAAUACGCGCAGAAAAUAAAAAAUGUGCAUUGAUAACAUCAACUAAAGAAAGUACUUCGUUUAUCAUUCAGAACUCGUUUAAACCUGUCGUCAAAUUGUACAUUUCUCAAACCACUCUGUUGGAUAAAUUCAAUGUGAUUCACGAUGUAUUCACGCAGGUAGCAAAUCUGCAUAGAAAUGUUGACCUUUUUGAUAAAUUGUGUAGCACAUCAAAUGGUCGAAUUGUUUGUAUCAAAAAUGUGGAUAGAAAUGAGACACAUUGCGAUUGGACUUUCUACCAACCUCACGGUAAACUGGUUGACUUUAUUGACUGCGUUACUGUUACUCCCCAAAUUAAGGUGAGCUUCCCAGAGGGUCAAAUAUACGAAAAAGUUUUAAAACUAGUUGCGAAUAGAAAAUAAUAAAUUCAAUGGACUUCAAUAGUUGUGCUUUCGUUUGUAUCUUAUUUCCUUACAAUUAAAAAAGAAAAAGUAGCUUAAACGAACCAAAUCUCUUUUCUCAA